AAGAUGCUCUCAUUUCUCCUAGGCGAGGUGUGUUAAUAGAAUCAUAAUAUGACAGAAAAGGGAUCUGAGCAGAAAUGGUAUUUGUGAAUUCUCCAACCAGCUGCCAUCUUCUUCUUCCUCGUAUGUCGUUCUCUCUUCGCCGAUUGAACCUGAAUUCUUAUCACGAAACAACAACAGCAGCACCAGUACUUGAUUUAGGGCAUCAAUUGUUCAAGAUUUAUCUCCAAUAAAUAAAGCAGUGAAAGAAGAGGAUUGAGAACCAGUUGGGUAUGAAGAUGAACCAGCGACAUAGAGCAGCCAAGUCGGGAUCGUGAGCUAAUUACUGAAUCCAAUUUGAACUGAAAAUGGGGUACCUGUUCUUAAGAAUUGGAGGGAAGUUAACAGUGAAGAAUGGUUGGGGUAGUAUGGUUGUUUACCAAGGAAUGAGAGUGCAGUCAGUGGUGAUUUAUACGAUGGGUUACGACCUAAUUUUGGUGUUGGCUAAUGGUGGAUGUUGCAGCAGUUCUAAAGAUGUAAAUGGAUCUGUGGGUUCUUGUUUAGAAGCAGUGGUGUUGAUUGAGUUUUGCGCCGUGGAAUCGAAUGAAUUUGUAUCUCAAUUUGAUGUACUCCGAUGGGUAUUAUCAACAGCAGAUCAGUGGGGUCUUUCAUGAUGUUUGAAUGGAUGAUUGCUUCGAUGUUGGGCUCGAUCUGUGCUGUUGUGGGGUUGAGAUUCAAACCAAUUAUUUUGAUUUCUUGUCAAUAGCAGCGUCUGCAAAGGGUUCUGCCCAGAUAUGGUUUGGAUUAAAUGACGAUUGACAGUAUCGAUGGAAUUGGGGCUAGCUGAAGUCCUGAGAUAAAUGAUAAGAAGUAAUUGUUGCUGGUGUUGGUUCGAUUGUGAACUGAAGUUCAGGGAGAAAAGAUCGGAGUUGGGUACUGUUGUCGGAGUCUUCUAAUGGCCUGUACUUGAAGGUGAUGUGUUGUGGCUGGAUAUGUGAGCUGGUGCUGGUGGCCAGACUUUGGAAGGGCCUGAAUGUAGGAAGUGGAAGCUGUGAAUGGACUGGGCUUUGUUGCUGCCUCCAAUACAAGAGGAGACCUAAAGUGUUAUUUAAGCCAGCAGCGAGGAGAAGAAAGUGGGGCGGUCUACAGGGAGUAACUAGGAUUUCUAACGCAUGGCUUUCAAUCACGUUAAAACGAAUACUCAACCAAGAGCGACCUGUUGCUAGCUUAGGAUAUAGUCCAGGCAUGCCAUCUUCACAUGCUCAGUCCAUCUUCUUCGCUUCUGUCUAUGCUAUCCUAUCAUUGAUUAAAUCUCUAGGGUUGAAUGGAGUUACAGUGACCAUCGGGGUGCUCGGCUUGGCUUUCAGCUCAUAUCUUUCUUGGUUACGUAUAUCACAACGACAUCACACCAUUAGUCAGGUUGUGGUGGGUGCUAUUUUGGGAACCAUAUGCUCGAUUUUAUGGUUUCAGUCUUGGUACUGGUUCGUACUACAAGCCUUCCUUUCCUUUUUAUGGGUAUCGACUAUGGAGCCUCCCUCUUCUUUCUUCACAACUAAACGACCAGACAAAACAUACGCGUUUGGGGUGAAUAUUUUGAUCUUAUUUGAGUUUGAAGAGGUACUUUCGCAUAAUCAAAACCAAGGAUGUUAUGUCCCAUUCUUGACUGUUAAUCGGGAAUUCUUGACUAUACAUCAACAACUCAGCUCCGGUUAUCGUCUGGGAGAAUGAAGAUAUUAUGUUAGAUGCCUUAGAGAAGCUAAAAAAUAUCCCUUGUUGGGAAUGUAAUUUUAUUCCUAGGAUUUGUAAUAAACCUGCAGACAAUCUAGCUAAGUACUGCAGGAAAAAUGGCAUCACUAGUACCUGGUUACAUAGUCCAUCUAGUAUGCUUGAACAAUUUCUUUUGUUAGACACUGGAAGUCUCUUGAGUUGAUAAAAUUCUUCUUU